UAAUUAUAUUCAUUAUAGGACUGUUGUAACAAAUUUCAACUAUUUAAUACUAAAAACAGUUUAUGUUUAUUAUUCUUGUGGACGCAAUCGAAAAAUGAUACCAUGGAAACCGCACGUUAAAAAAAAAUCUUGCGUUUUCAACUCAUUAUACUAAGAUAAUGCAUUCGCUAAAGUGCGAAUACAAUACAGCACCACAUAUAGGAUCAAAAGCUGAUCUACAAAACCAUUCUCAGCCCUGCAUUAAUAUCAAUUCAAGUUACUAUGGUGAUGAUGUUAAAUUUGAAAUAAUUGGCACCCUUGUUCGCGAAACUCUACUAAAAGGACAAGAAAUAAAGCGAUAUAUUAACAAUUCUGCAUAUGAAUUUUCCAGAAGCGCAUGUGAUCUAGAGACUGCAAAUAAUAGGAAGGACCCAGAAAAAUCUUUUAAGAAUCAAGCAAAUGAAACAUUUCACGUGGACAAAUCUGUUCCAGAGAAAAUGUUUUUCGAUAAUGAAACAUAUAUAAAGUCUAGUACCCCAGUAGACAUGAGUAUGCCUAAUGAUACUUAUACAAUUAAUUCAAAUACUCAAACACCACCGCAACAAUAUUGUUUGCGGUGGAAUAAUUUUCAUACAAAUUUAACUAGAACUUUUAGUGAAUUGUUUGUUACGCAAAGUUUUGUUGAUGUCACCCUCACUUGUUCUAAAUCAAAAAGUUUAAAAGCCCAUAAACUUGUCCUGUCUGCAAGUAGUCCCUAUUUUUAUGAAUUAUUUCUUAAAAACAAUUGUGAACAUGUUCUUAUUAUUAUAAACGAUGUAGAAUUUAAUGAAUUAACCAAAAUUAUUGAAUUUAUGUAUAAAGGUGAAAUAAAUAUAGUGCAAGAAGAAAUUGAACCUUUAUUAAAGGUAGCGCAAUUACUAAAAGUUAGGGGCUUGGCGGAUUUAGGACAUGAUGAUAGAUGUUUUGAUAGCCGCCAAAAAAAUAUAGAAAAUUUGAAGGAAUUUAACACUAAAAAAUUCUUGGGUGCAAUAUCACAAAGUGAUGAAAUUACAUGUCGUUGGUUGAAAAGUAACGAUCUGUUGGAACACCUAAAAAUAAAAGACAGUGUAGCCAUUUCUGAUAAUGAAAGCGAUAGUGAUCAGACUGAGGAACUUAUUCGAAAAAAGAAGUUUUUAAUCGAGAAUCAAUUAGACGGUAACAGUUUAGGAAAAAGACGCUCUGAUUAUAGUGAAAUAAGUAUAGAAAGUAAUAUUCCAAUUAAACAAAGAAAAAGAAAUUACGACUUGAAUUUUGAUAAAAUGAAUGUGAUAGAAAUGCCAGAUAAAUUUGUUGAAACGAAUAGUGAGAAGAUGUGUGGUAAAUUAGGUAUAGAUUCGGAUUUAUUUGUUAAUGAUAAGUUUUUAAAUUGUGUAAACCCACCACCUACAAUAAGAGCCUUACUAAAUAGCUCACCAUCGGCCAUAAUGGAUGGUUCAAUAGCAACAUUAAGUGAAAGUGCAAAAUUUGAGGCGGAAAAAAUAGUUGGAGCAUCUAUAGGAAACGACAGCAUUGUCGAAAAGUUAGAUGAUCUGGAAAUAAAACCUGGCAUAGCAGAAAUGAUUAGAGAAGAAGAAAGGUAUUCUUCACAAGCCCUAAAGGCAGGAUUUAAAGAAGGAUGUCAAUUCUCCAACAAAUACCAUCGACUUCAAUAUCCCCAAAUACGAGCUAUGUUGUCUAAAGCUUUUGACCAUUAUAUGAAACAGGAAUGUUUCUACACCUAUUCUGGAAAGUACUCUGUAUUUUGCUUCCAUAUUAGUCGGAACAGAACCCGUUUGGAUGGAAUGUUUGAUCAAAAACCGUCUCCAACAUUAUUUGCUUCAGUUAAUGAUGGUGUUGCUGAAUUGUGUUUUAAAUCUUUGUCUCUUGUGUUGUUGCAUUUAAUUGAAUGUGAAGAAUAA